GCCCAAAGACCCUCCCAAAGUAGUGGCAUCCCAGACCUUAAAAAACCCCAACUCCUGUGUUCAUUUCAGCUUGAGCGGUCAGUGAGUGCAGCAUUGCAUACAGAAGGACAGCUUCACCGGUUCAACAUCAGCACGUUCUGGUGUUUUUUCAGGACUCUCAUUUUCCUUGUUCCAGCAAAAAAUAUGAGGGUCUCCUUGAUAUUAAUUUUCUUUCUAGGUGCAACGUUUGCUCCAUCUGUGAAAUGUAAAUCUCGUGAAAAACACCAUGGAAUGCGGGAGUCGUCACACUCGGGUACAGAAAAGGAUGUCAUCACGAUGGAGGGCAACAGGCCACAGGUCUCUCCCACUUUGGCCACCAUUGAAACUGGCAGUCAGGAACCGGAAGUUGAGGAAGUGAGCUCUGGGUAUGAUACUAAUGCCAACAAAGAGGGUGAAGAAGUGGACGAAGAAAUAGAGAAACUCACAGCAGUGCUUUUGAGCGAAGAAGAACUGGUAGGUCUUUUGACGGAGGGAGCAGAAGAUGAAGAAGCAGAUGAAACAGAAGACGAGGUAACAAUGAUGGACGAAAAGAAGGCUAACGACAGUUCAGAAGCAGUGAAAAUGAUCAAACAUGAGGCAAAAACGAAAGACGACAGUGAGGAAAAAGAGGCCAAAGCGAAGGCAAAGGCUGAAAAACCUGCAAUCAAGCUAACUGAACGAAGUGGUCAGGUGGGCUUGCUGGAGGAAACAGAGAGCAGCACAGAGUCAGAACUUCCAGUGACUCUUGAUUCUGCUGCUGAUAGUGGAAUAUUAAUACCUGCUCAGGUGGAAUCAGAAGAUCUCUACCCAUCGACUGAAAACCAAGAGUCUUCAUCAAAAAGGGAUCUUCAAGACACCAAGAAAGAGAUGGGUGAGAAAGAACUUCUCAUGCAAUACAUGCCAUCCCCUGAAGCAGGAGACCGGGAAGAAAUGACUGAUCAGAGCAAGGAUUCAUCGACCAAAUCAAAAGAAAAACACGCUGUUACGGACAAACCAGAGGAGACUGUGGACCGUCAAGAGUUUCAGAGCAGCGUUGGGCUUAUUUCUGGUCUGCGGAGGUCUGAAAAGGAAGAAGGGAAGGAUGAGAGUGACAGUGGAGCUUUCUCUAAGAGAAAGACAAGGAAGCAGAAGAAAAACAAGAGACCCAGGAAGCACUCUCCACAAAGGAAUGAAACACAUCCUAUACAAGACCAGGGCCGACUGGACAGUGAGGAGUCUGAGGGCAGCAGCACUGAGAACGUCGUUCACAAAGCUAAGAGGAAACGGAACGGAAAAUGGGGUCCCUUAGUGGGGGUGAAUCCUGUGCAGAUCAGAGCCUCAGUGGAUCUGUAUCCUCGGUCCAGGUCCUUUUCGAGUGGCAACAUACAUCUUUCACAAACUCCACCAGAUCCAUGUGACAAUUUUCGGUGCAAGCGAGGAAAAACAUGUAAACCGGAUACGGAUGGUAAACCUGGAUGUGUGUGUCAAGACCCAUUAGAGUGUCCAGGCAGCACAAAUACAUUUGAACAUGUUUGUGGGACAGAUAACAAAACAUACGACACGUCGUGUGAGCUUUUUGCUACGAAGUGUAACUUGGAGGGCACAAAGAGAGGCUACAAGCUUCACCUGGACUACACUGGCCCAUGCAAACUAAUUCCUCAGUGUGUGAAGAAUGAACUGGUCCAGUUUCCUCUGCGAAUGAGAGAUUGGCUGAAAAACGUGCUUCUGCAGCUCUAUGAGCAUGACUCCGUUUCCCCGGGCUUCCUCACCCCAAAACAGCGUUUCAGAGUGAAGAAGAUUUUUGAAAACGAGAGGCGUCUUCACGCUGGCAAUCACUCUGUCGAGCUCCUUGCGCAGGACUUUGAAAAGAACUACAACAUGUACAUCUAUCCGGUUCACUGGCAGUUUGCUCAGCUGGACAAGCAUCCUUCUGACAGGACCCUGUCCCACUCAGAGCUGGCCCCACUCCGGGCUCCCCUGGUACCGAUGGAGCACUGCACCUCUCUCUUCUUCCAGGAGUGUGAUGCUGACAAGGACAAACAAGUCACCCUGAAAGAAUGGACCUCCUGCUUUGGCAUCAAGGAUGAUGAUGUGGACGUCAACCUGCUUUUCUGAGUUUCACCUCUGCUCUCACCUCCCACUGAGAUUUUUGGAAACUUUUAAAGACAUUUCCCACACGAGGAACAGCAGAGUGUUGGUAAUUAUUGUUGUUACCCUGCAUUAGGGUGAGGGCGGUCAAUUAAUUAUUUUAGGGAAUUUGUAACUUAGAGCAAUACAUUUAUUUCUGAGAAUGUUAUAUUUGAUUUUAGCUAGUGUUGUCCAAAUACUGUUUCCUAAUGCAUUCCAAACAGGGGUAACGUUUAUGCAUUAACAGAGAAAGAGAUUGUACACACACUUUGAGAUGCUAUGUAGAGUGAAUUAGAGUAGGAUUAAUCAUUAAAAUCAUUAAAAGUUAGUGUAAUUUCAAACUCUUAUGUUAUAAUACUACCGUAAACGUGUAUCUGUGUCACGUAACAUGUUAGUAAAUGUCUUGUGAUUUUAUGUUUUUUUGAGUAAAAGCUUAAUUAGUUAAAAAAAAAAAAAAAACGUCACAAAAAGAUCACAGGGUAUUUCUCUGGAUCCUGUCAUUACUGAAAAGCUGUUGUUUUCUCUGAUGUCCUGAAAUAAGUUGUUUUCACACUUGG